ACGCAGGCGCGCGCGCAGAUCACGCAGGCGCUGCCUGGAAGUGACUUCUCCAAAAAGUGUCUUAGUUCGCGGUCACCUGAGCGGAGGGCAACUCCGCUGCGGCAGGGUUCGUGGAUACCCGCCCUCCGCGGGUCCUGCCUGGAGACCCCGCCCUCUUCUCUUGCCCAUCCGCUCCGCCAUCCCGAGCCCUCCAAAGGCCUGUCCUUUUCCUCCGGUCCUUUCCCAGUCGCGGGCCGGACCGGGCCGAGCCGGGCUGCCCGGACGAGGUCCCUGACCAUGGCGUCCCUCUUCAAGAAGAAAACCGUGGAUGAUGUAAUAAAGGAACAGAAUCGAGAGUUACGAGGUACACAGAGGGCUAUAAUCAGAGAUCGAGCAGCUUUAGAGAAACAAGAAAAACAGCUGGAAUUAGAAAUUAAGAAAAUGGCCAAGAUUGGUAAUAAAGAAGCUUGCAGAGUUUUAGCCAAACAGCUUGUACAUCUAAGGAAACAGAAAACAAGAACUUUUGCUGUAAGUUCAAAAGUCACGUCUAUGUCCACACAAACAAAAGUGAUGAAUUCCCAGAUGAAGAUGGCAGGAGCAAUGUCUACUACAGCAAAAACAAUGCAGGCGGUUAACAAGAAGAUGGAUCCACAAAAGACAUUACAAACAAUGCAGAAUUUCCAGAAGGAAAACAUGAAAAUGGAAAUGACUGAAGAAAUGAUCAAUGACACACUUGAUGACAUCUUUGAAGGCUCUGAUGAUGAAGAAGAAAGCCAAGAUAUUGUGAAUCAAGUUCUUGAUGAAAUUGGAAUUGAAAUCUCUGGAAAGAUGGCCAAAGCGCCAUCAGCAGCCCGAAGCUUACCAUCUGCCUCUACUUCAAAGGCUACUAUCUCCGAUGAAGAGAUUGAACGGCAACUCAAAGCUUUAGGAGUAGAUUAAUCAAAAAAGCCAUUAUAUUUUGCCUAUUAUAAUUAUUUAGUAUAAACCAGGCACAGUGCAGAUUCCUUUUACAAAACACAUUUAUUUUGCAAAAAUGAAGACCAUGAGUAAACAGUUGUUUCCUAACCCAUGGCUGUUUUGAAUCUUUUGCCAAAGAAUGACAAUGAUGCAAAAAUGGGAACAGUUUGGAUUUUAAUUAAAACUGUUUAGGAGUGAUGAUGUGUAAAAUGUUGACUUCUUUUCUGCACGGCAUAGAGAAAUUAUAUUCAUUACUUAGUGUCGUUUAUGUUCUAAAUCUUUUUCACUGAAUACAAAUCUUGUUAAAGCCACUAGGCACCAGCUUAAAGAGACCUGUAAAAAUAUUAAAAGUAUAUCAUUAAUUCUGUAUCUGUUAACUUGUCCUUUGUUAGCGAUAUGUGUUAUGACCAUAGGUGGUUCAGCUGCCAAAUUAUUUUUAAAUUACCUGAAAGAAGAGUGCUAUUUAAACAUCUGUCUUAAACAAAAACUGUUAUGAGCUUUUCUUUUUUUUUUCCUUUGGGAGAACAUUCUAGUUGGUAAGUUUCUUACCUUUCAAAAUGUGCUUGGCACCUGCCUUAAAUAGCACAAACAUAUUGUGCACAUCUUUAAAUCAUUUUAACUGACAGAAAAGAAUUACAUUUUAAACUCAAAUUGAAGCCUUUUACAAAAAUUAUCCAGGCUCUUUUUUGUAAAGCUUAUAAAAGUGAAUUAAAUAUAAUUAGCAAAAAGAGACACUGAAUUAAUAACAUUUUAUAGUAAUAAAACAAUAUAUUUUGAUCUUUCUGCCAAGAACUGAGAUUUUCUCCAUAUGAGCUAUAAUUUAAUCUCUUUAGUUUUGAACUGUAUUAAUGUGUACACUGAACCCUCUAAAUUGAAGGCAUCAUUCUCAAUUAAAUAACACUACUAUGACAGUACUCAACCUAAAUUUUAAAAAUUAGCAUUUUUUCAUGGUAAAUAAACUACAACUUUGUCCGAAAUUACUGCCUGAAUGUGUAUUAAUGUAUUAGCUGCAUUUUUUAAGGUAAAGUUGCUAUGGUAUUUAAUGUAUGGAUAGAAAGUGAGAAUAAGUGAAGAAGUGGCAGAUUAGUUAGAAUUUAGAAUUAGGUUAGCUUUGAAAAAUGAUGUUGUCAUAUAUGGGUUCUAGCACAUCCCAGCAUAAAAACUCUUCUGGAGGAGAUCAGAUAGCUGUAACCUGGUUGAUUUGGGAUAAUGGAUAUUUUGGACUAAUAUGGACAACAUCAAUACAUUUUAGGACUAGUAGACAUGUGGCAUAUGGAUUGGUGGGUAAAACAAAAACCUACAGUUUACAGUCUAUAAUCCAUAAACCAUUUAUAAUGUUCAAAGAUAAGAUUCCGUUAUUGAUAAUAUUAAAUGCAGUUACCCUGAACAUUGAUGGGUCAAAACAUUUUACUGGAUUAUGGAAUGUUAACCCAGAACUUGUUUUGAUUCUUGGAUGUACAUAAUAAUGCUAACUAACUUUCUUGUUUGCUUUCUUGUUUACAUGUGGGGGGUUUUGUUUUUUAAAUUAUUUUGUUAAAAAAAAACCCCAAUAAAGGUUUAUUGCUGUUA